AUGGCAGCAGUCGUUGACGUAAAUCCACGAUUGAAAGAGAGAAUUCAAGACGAGCCGAAGCAAUUACUUCAACCGAUAUCGGGAUAUGAAAAUGAACCAUUAGUAUCUUUGGAAGAAGCUUGUAAGCCAUUGGAAAGCAUCAUCGAUAAAGAAUUGCAACAGAACAUCUUGAUCGCGAAGUUGAACUCGAAAGACGCAAAAGAUGGACUAAGUCAAGACGAAUCGGCUUCCAUUCAUUUAUACACCAUGGAAUGGCAAGUGCAUGACAAUAGUCUUUACGCUGUGCUCAAUCGAAGCCUACGUUUGGCGGAUCGUCGAAAACUUCAGCCAUGGUUUAGAUACUUGAAACUAUUUCUUACAGCAUUAUUCAAGUUACCACCUACUAAACAGGUUCUUUGGCGUGGUAUUCCUGAAGAUCUCAGUGCUCUCUAUCCAAAAGGAAAACAACUCGCCUGGUGGGGUGUGAGCUCGUGCAGUUCAUCGAUUAGUGUACUCCAAUCUCCACAGUAUGCUGGAACCUCGGGUGCCCGAACCAUGUUCUCGAUUGAGAGCAAUCGAGGCAAACUUAUUCGAGAGCAUUCAUACUUUCAACACGAAGACGAAAUUCUCCUUCCACCAGGUAUUUAUCUUGAAGUCGUUGAUAAGUUUAUUUCGGGUGACGGUUUGAACAUCGUGCAUCUUCGAGAAAUCACACCGCCGUACAAAAUGCUGGCAGAUCCUUUCGAUCUUAGUGACUUGGAACAUGCCUUACCUUCGCCAGCCGCAUCGAGCUCGCACGAAAAACAAGCAAAGAAGCCAUCGUCGUCGAAAAAAGAAAUCUCUGAAACUCAUGCGCCAAAACCCAAAUCCGUGUAUUCUAACAAGAAACUUCAAUGCCAAGGGCGCGCUUGUGUCACAUGUGGUCGUUGUCGUGAUUGGUCUUGGCAACCAAAUGGCUCUCGCAAGACUUACAUACAACUUAAAGAUGCUUCCUGCACUCGAAGUCGAUACAUGGUCUAUCCUCGCACUGUUUAUAUGGAAGAGUUUUACGCUGAUCGUGGCGCUGACUAUUGUCAUAGUCAUUCGGGGGAAGCUGAUUGUCAGUUGUGUCAAUGCGAAGACAAUCGCUUGUGA